AGAAGGGAGGCCCCGGGACGCUGAAAGGAGAGCUAACAGAGCGACUUCCCUCGGCUAUAGGCUCAUUGGAUAUGAUCCGGUUGGCACCUUUGCUGACAACUGCGAGAAAACUGUACUAGACUGGAUGGCAUUGCUCCGCAACGCUACAUUACCAAACGGCAUCACUAGCACAGAUCCUCGUAUCAUAACUGCGUUUAAAGCCGUGGACAGCGUUCUCUGCGGGCGAGGCAACACCAUGCUACAACGGCUCGCCAACGUUCAUCUCAUGCGGCUCUUUGGUUCCCUAGAAGCUAUUAUAAAGUCCGAUAGACACAAUGGGAGAAUCCACCGCGAACCAUACUACCGGGACGCGCAUAUCGCGAUGGAUAUAUAUCUAAGCGCUCAAGAAACGCACUCGAACACAGACGAGUUGAGGUGUAAGCUAAGACGAGGCCGGAAACGAUUUAGCAAAAGAUGGAGCUACCUGGCGACAGUAUCGCCACUCUUUGUGUUAGUCUAUUCAGAUGCAGCUGAACUGAUCGUUAAAGACUUCAAAAGGAUACACAACCCGACUCUGAGAUUGGUAGGGACCACAGUCCUGGAUACCUGUCCGGACCGGCUCGUAGGCAUCUGCACUCGUCUUGCCAGAGCGGCAGAGGCCGCAGCCAGAACAAACCAUUCCCUGGAUAUGCGCCAGUUUUCGGCUGCGCAAAUCAGGCAGAGCUUUGCCCGCUCUUGAACUAGAUUUGUUUCUUUGAAGCGGCGUUUGGUACCCGGAAUGUAACGUCGCUUGGAAUGUCAGCGUGGCCUGAGC